UAUAUUAAUAUUUAUAUUUAAUUUUCUCGGCUAAUAUUUUAUUAUAGUUGUUUCGUGACUAAGACGUCAUAUCUGUUUUUCAAAUCUACUUAUAAUCGAGUUACUGCCGAGCAGUUUCUACUGCUAUUUAUUGUGUUCAAUAUGGCGGAAUUUUCGAUUGUAGAAUAUUUCGCUGAGCAUGAAAAAUACCAUUGUGGCUAUUGCAAUUCGCCUGAUACUAACUAUUCACACGGUAUGUGGGCACAUUACCUAACUGUGCAAGACUAUCAAGAUCUUAUAAAUCGAGGAUGGAGACGGAGUGGCAAAUACUGCUAUAAACCAACAAUGAACCAAACUUGUUGUCCUUCGUAUGCUGUUCGUUGUCAUGCUAUAAAUUUCAAAAUCAGUUCAUCACAGAAAAAAGUCAUAAAACGUGUAAAUCGCUUUUUGAUUAAUGGUAUUCGACCUCAGGCUGCUAAAAAGGAAGAAGAUGAGGAAGGAAAUAACUGCAUGGAAAGUGAUCCAGGUGGAUCUUCACAAGAUUUGAAAGAAACCUGCUCCAGCAGUAAGCCUUCUGCUACUCCUAAAGAUAGCCAUCCUCCUAAGCAAAUGCCCAAACCAGGACUUGGUGCUAACCCUAACAAGCCUUUACUUAGGAAAGCUAAAGUAAUCCGAAUGGAAAUAAAGAAGCAAAAACUUAGUCAACGAGAGAAUAGUCAGUCUAAAGAUACUCCAACAUCAAAUGAGAGCUCCAGGGGAAAACUACCAUCUAAAAAUCAAAAUCAACCUAAAACUCUUGAGGAACUUCUUGAUGAACCUGCCCAACAACCAAAUGUUGCUCACAAACUUGAGAUAAGGCUAAUACGAUCAAAACCUAAAUGUUCAGCCUUCAACUCCACAUUUAAAGAAAGCCAUCAGGUGUACUAUAAUUACCAAACAAAUGUGCAUAAUGAUUCUCCUGAGAAACCCAAUGUUAAGCAAUUUACCUGCUUCCUUGUGGACUCUCCAUUGAUCCUUAAGCACAGAGACCUUCCUGGUGGCCCACCUAAUGGGUAUGGCUCAUUUCACCAACAGUACAUACUUGAUGGUAAAAUGAUUGCUGUUGGUGUGAUUGAUGUCCUCCCAAAUUGCUUGUCAUCAGUGUAUUUUUAUUAUGAUCCAGAGUAUUCUUUUUUAUCACUCGGAACAUACUCUGCUUUAAGAGAAAUUGCUUUGGUGAGGUCUCUCUACAAAAUUCAACCAAAUAUAGAAUAUUAUUAUAUGGGGUAUUAUAUACAUUCCUGUCCUAAAAUGCGAUAUAAGGGUCAGUAUUUUCCUUCUACUCUACUCUGUCCGGAGACUUAUCACUGGUUUCCAAUUGAAAAAUGCUUACCAAAAUUGAAUGAGAAAAAAUACUGCCGUUUUUCAGAUCCAGAUGAAGUUGAUGAAAAUGGUAAUGUUGAUCCAAACAGGGUUCUCAUUUUACAUGAACAACAAGAAAUGUCCUUUGAGAUGUAUCAUCAAUUAAAACCUGAAGCCAAUGAUGAAAACCAAGUGAUGGAAUAUGCAAACUUUGUUGGGAAAUCAUGUGCACAGCGAAUGUUCCUCUUUCGUGUAUAGCUUUUAUUCAUUUUAUCUCUCUGCUUGAAAUCAUAUUGUAAAUUAUUUAUGCAAAUUCAAUGUAUAUUUGAGUGGGUGACAGCUUCUCUAUUUUUAUGAUGCUUUUACAGUUUUUAUUUAGAACCUAAUCAGUUUCAAUCACUUUUGUACUUGCCAUUUCAUCAACAUAGUCUACUAGAUCAGGAAGAGAAAAAGAAAGGCACUAUUUUUCAUUUAUUUUGAUAGGUUCAGCAUUAGACAAAAAAUUUUUAUUUAUUGAAAUAAUUUGAGUUUUCAGCUAGAACAGAUUUAAUGUUUCAACUCCCAAAUUCCACAUUGUCUAAGUUAAUUCUAAGAAAUCAUGUCAUGCACAUUGCAUUUCCAACCUUAGCUUUGCAACACAAGCUUCUUCUCAUUGUUCCCUGUAAAAUGAUUUUUAUAAAAUUACUAUCCCAUCUAAGUUCAUUAUUCUUGGAACUUCAGGCAUGUGUCUUUAACUCCAAAAUUUUUGCAAGAACCAAGUUAUCUGAAAAGUUAUUCAACCAGAGUCAGAUCUCAUGGAAUAUAUAUCUGAAGAAUAUACACCCUUACUUUACCAUCGACUUCAACUUUGAAGAUUGCAUGGCUUGUAAGAAAUAGUAACCAAAUCUCUGCUAAAGACAGUAGGUAAUCUUUUGAGAGUAAAGACUUACAUGCAAAUAUCCAAAUCUAUUUACUCAGCUGUUGAGUGACUGAUAUUGAAGUGAUGCUGCAAUGUUGUAAAACCAUCUUUCAGAGGUCCAAAGUUUACAGUGCUUGAAGCCCAAAGUUUAUUUUGUCUCAAGUGAAAUUCCUUAAAGUAAUCAAAUUGGGUUAUAAAAAUUUUGGUUAGUUGAAUUGCAUUUUUUUUUUGUAGACUGAUGAAAUAAUAAAGUCUUUUAAUUUAAA